AACUUAAAUUCGUCAGAUGUGCAUCGAGUCCAUAUUGAUUUAUGUAUGUGGAAAGACAUACGGACGCAACGGCUACACUUAAAUAAAACUUGUCGCGAUUAAUGCCAUAGUGUAUAACGUGAAUAAUAAUUUGCAGAUUGUUGUUUAUUAUUCAAAUUUUCUUGUCUUCUUGCGACAUAUUGUUGAACAUGUUUAAUUUGUCAUCGAAUUUCCAAGAAAAACCAAAAGGCAAACAAAAAGGAAAAGGAUGGCGAUUGUUCCAAGCCAAAGACUUUCAAACCCUGAUGUAUCCUUGUUUCACGUUCUGUCGUAUUCUGGGUAUAUUUCCAUAUAAGAUCAAUGCGUCAACCUUCGUGGCUUCAAAACUGUAUUAUACUCUGUGGACUGUAGUUAUCGGUGUUAGUUAUGGUAUUAACGCACUGGCAUACAUACUACAUGGUUCUUCCAUUUUUGGAAAAAUCGAUAUGAAAAUUUUACCCCGGACUCUCGGGAGUAUCUGUGUGUUCGUGUUUGGCGGUUUCAUAAUGGUCGUUACAUUUAUUCUAAGCGGCCCGCGAAUGCGCUUGCUCCAGAUAUUAUUGAACAUCUCUUCAAGAUUACCCGCAGAAUCCUAUCAAAAACUAUCGAGACUGAUUCACGCUAAAGAUGUCAUCGGUUUUAUCUGUCUAAUUGAGAACAUGUUCAUACGUAUGUUAAAGUUGCGUGUGAACUCCAUGUUUCAUACAUACAUCAUUCUAGUGGUAUUUCAAAUGGACAUGUUGUAUAUAAAUUGUGUUUGCGUAUUAAAGGCGUGUUUUAAAAGAAUCAAUGACAAUCUGGCGCACAUGCGAGAACUCAUUAUAAAUGACAAUUCACAUGGCUCUAGACUGACCUACGAGCAGAGAAAUCCAUUUCUGAUAAUGGAGCUCAAGGCUCUAAAGAGGCAGCACAUGACAAUCAGCGAUACUGUACAUAAGUUAAAUAUGAUUUUCAGUUUGCAGCUUCUUGCUACAGUAGUUAUGACCUUCUCUGAUGUCACGAUCACUUUAUACUACUAUGUAUUAGACUGGCAACAUAUCCCGUUAAUGAGUACUUCAAUGAAAGCAUUAUCUCACACGUACUAUCUUUCACGCCUUAUGUAUUAUGGUGUGAAAAUGGGAUUGGUAACGUGGGCCUGUGAGACAGGCAAGAAUCAAGCUUUGCAAAUCACCAUUUCUAUUCACGAUAUAUCAAAUAACAUCACCGAUAAGCAGAUCAAGGAUGAGUUACAACUGUUUUCAUUGCAAACACUUCACUGCGAAAAUACAUUUUCUGCAAAAGGUCUUACUGUGGACGCGAAGCUUCUCGCUGCAAUAGUGGGUAGUAUCAUUAUGUAUGUAUUAAUAUUAUUCCAAUUCAUGCAUAUGUCGUAUUCCUGUGAGAGAAAGAUAGCAACCAACAUUACGGAAGUAAUUUAAUUAGGAAUAUAUCUGAUAUAUGCAUACAAAAUUUUUAUUUUUUAUUUUUCUUAUAAUUAGAAUAUACGUGCUUCACAUACAACAAUUAUCAUCAUUGUAUUAUAUGAAUUAAAUUUGAUUUAAUAUAUGUUAAAAUCAUCUAAGAUAUUUG